AUGGCAUCGCAGUGCCGUUCAGCCCGCUGUUUGAUUUCUGACCCCUUUUUGUUCUCUGCUUCGCCCAGCAGCGUCUCUGCUCCGUUAUUCGAGGGAUUCAAGAGCAGCAGUAGCCAUUCAGCUGCAGCGGAUCAUCCCAGAGGCCAGCCAAGUCUCAGGAAGCGGCGAUGUCUCGGCAACAUCAAGCCUAGUAGUGCUCCCCAUCUGGGCAGCGGGAGAGAAAGAGCGCGUCAGUCGAUCAAGGGUCCUAGUCCUAGGCUGGACACAUGCAAAGAGCUGUAUCAGCCUGCGCCUACAACAUCAAAUCAGCGCGCGGGCGCCUUCAGGGCAUCACUUCCAUCAACACGGACAGCCAACAAGAAGAGCGCCAGCUGUAGUAGCAAUGGCAUACACGAGAUACGGAUCAAGGCCGAGGAUAUCCAAACGGUGUUGGCGACACUUCGAUCGAAACUCUGAAGUCUAUUGACCCACAAGCAAGCGAGCGACCGCGGGGAGCGAAACAGCUCCUGCCGACUCGAGGUGAAUUACGAUCAUCUUCAGCUUUUUUAGCUUAUGAUUUGUUCCUUUAUGACACGCACGUAGUCCUUUUCCAGAAAUAUGGCAUGCAGGGCGUCAGAGUCUUCACUUUCUUACUGACGCCCCUCCUCCAUCCCCACUCCGCCUCCACUGCAGAGCUAUUUUUUCGUAACCGCGAUAUCUACACAGAGUCUGGUGUCUGGAUGUCAUCAUUUUGGGAGCGCGUCGCGGUCACCCUCCUCGACUUUUUUUUUUUGAAGGCCGAAAAUUGAUGAUAUGGGAGGGAAGAUAGGGCGAGAAAAUCGAGAGGACUCAAAUGCACAA